CCUUAAAAAAGGGGUGUGUGUUCAGGAGCUGGGGGGACUCGUGGCUAUAUAUCUGUCCAGCAGUGGUACUCUGGGCAGAGAUGGCUCUGUCCCAGGAGCUGUACGGUGUCCCAGCCUCCAGGCUGGACUCCUUCGUGGCACAGUGGCUGCAGCCCAACCGGGGAUGGAAGGAAGAGGUGCUGGAGGCCGUGCGCACUGUGGAGCAGUUCCUGAGGCGGGAGCACCUGCAGGGGCAGCGAGGCCUGGACCAGGAGGUGCGGGUGCUGAAGGUGGUCAAGGUGGGCUCCUUUGGGAACGGCACAGUGCUCAGGAGCGAGGCAGACGUGGAGCUGGUGGUGUUCCUGAGCUGUUUCCGCAGCUUCCGGGAAGAGGCCAAGUACCACCAGGCUGUCCUGAGACUGAUCUGGGAAAAAAUGUGGCAAUGCCAGGACCUGCUGGACCUGGGGCUCAGUGACCUGAGUAUGACCCAAGGAUCCCCCAACGCUCUCGCCUUCACCAUCCAGACCAGGGGGACCGCGGUACCCAUCAAUGUCACCAUCGUGCCCGCCUACAGAGCCCUGGGGCCUUCUGUUCUCAACUCUCAGCCGCCCCCUGAGGUCUACAUGAGUCUGAUCAAGGCCUGUGGGUACCCUGGAAGUUUCUCCCCAUCCUUCAGUGAGCUGCAGAGAUGCUUCGUGAAACAUCGACCAACUAAAGUGAAGUGUUUCCUGCGGCUAAUCAAACACUGGUACCAGCAGUACGUGAAAGCCAAGAGCCCCAGAGCCAAUCUGCCCCCUCUCUAUGCCCUUGAACUACUGGUCAUCUACGCCUGGGAAAUGGGUACUCAGGAGAAUGAGAAUUUCCGACUAGAUGAGGGCCUCACCACUGUGAUGGAGCUGCUCCGGGGAUAUGAGUUCCUCUGUAUCUACUGGACCAAGUACUACACACUCCAGAACCCAACCAUACAGGACUUUGUCAGAAAACAGUUCAAAAAAGAGAGGCCUAUCAUCCUGGAUCCGGCGGACCCCACCCACAACGUGGCAGAAGGGUACAGAUGGGACAUAGUCGCUCAGAAGGCCAGUCAGUGCCUGAAACAGGACUGUUGCUACAGGGAGACCCCAGUCUCCAGCUGGACCGUGAAGAGCGCAAGGGAUAUCCAGCUGACGGUGGAGCAGUGGGGUCGCUCGGACCUGAUGCUCUGGGUGAACCCAUAUGAGCCCAUAAAGAAGGUCAAAGAGAAGAUCCGGCAGAGCCGGGGCUCCUCGGGCCUCCAGCGCCUGUCCUUCCAGGAGCCCGGCGGCGAGCGGCAGCUCCUGCGCAGUCACUGCUCCUGGGCGUCUUACGGCAUCUUCUCCGACACCCGCGUCUGCCUGCUGGACACCGUCUCCCCCGAGAUCCAGGUCUUCGUGAAGAACCCGGAUGGCGAGAGCCACGCCUACGCCGCCCACCCCUCCCACUUCGUCCGCAGCCUGAAGGAGCAGAUCGAGGACCGGCAGGGGCUGCACCGAGAGCAGCAGCGGCUAGAGUUCCGGGGCCACGUCCUGCAGGACUGGUUUGAUCUGGGGUACUACGGCAUCCAGGACAGCGACACCCUCGUUCUGUCCGAGAAGAGGGCAGGGGAGGCCCAGUUUCCGCACUGCUAGUUUGCCUCUGGGAAGCUUUUCUGCAUUUCUGUCAUCGACUCCUGAUGUCGGUCUACCCACCAUUCCUUCUGGGGAGGUCCCACAUCUUCACCAACUCUGUGAACCGCACACUAGGGGAAGGGAGGGGGGCGAGAGACUAAAUAUACACGUGGACAAUGACCAGAUCCCAUGUGACAAUAGAAUUCUGACCCACAGCCUCCACAGCAACCAACCCAGAACCCAAGUCAAGAUGUAAGUCAAUCACUACCAGUUUCUCUAAUUUCCCACCCCACCCAGAACCCACUUCCAAUUUAGGACCAACCAGAGAAAACCAAAUGAGCUCCCCGAACCCAUCACAGAGGUAACCCUGCUUUUAGUUGGCACCUACAGCUUAUCCACACCGUCAAGCUUGAUCAUGCCGUGCCUGAAGCCUUCCCCAGUUGUCGGGUUCGCUGCAAACCUUUCCCAUUCUGCCUGGCCUGGGUCUCUGUGGAAUGCCUGCAAUUUGGGAAUAAACAUCCAUGGUUCUCAU